CAUUCACAAAUCGAAUUAUGAAUGAUCACACAACAUUAGAUUGGAUUCAUGUUCGGGGGACUCGGUGCCUUGAGAUUCGAUCGCGAAACAGUCACCGGCAGUCCGCGAAGUGGUGCAGACGUAAAUUUUUACAUCGCGACAGUAUUUUUUUUUAGCACGAUUAAAAAAUAAGUGAUUUGUAGAAAUUACAACGCAUGUGAACGGUUGAAAGUUUUUAUUGAUACUUACAAAAAUGUUACUGUUUAGUGAAAAUUCUUUAAUAUAAUAUGAAAACUUCUUAAAUACAAGAAAAAUACGCGAGUGUAAAAUGCUUCUAUUGGAAACAUAUUAAUCCAAAUGGAGACAAGGGAAAGUCUCUAAUUGGAGACAAACAGUGUAAAUGAUACCGCGACGAAAAGUUUCUAAAACCAUGUUCAGUUGCUCUCGAGUGUAGGAUUUGUUCUUAUUCCUGGAUUUUUCUCCUUUUCCAUCUGCAGACACUUCAGAAAAAUCCCUUUUUGUUCACAAAAUAGGCAAGAAAGUGAGAGGCUCAAAACGCUUAAAAUAAUUAAAUUCGGGAAAAAGUGCUAAGUGAAAUCUGCAGAUAAAGAAAAGUGCAAUAGAAGUGAUUAUAGUGGCUCUAUGUGGAAAUGUUACCAAAUUUCUGGACAAUAAUCGGUGUAAUCUUGGUCAUAAGGAUCGGUCAUGCUGAAAGAGCGGCUAAUACGGAUUUGCGAGACGAUGCUCCGGAUAUGUUUGAACCUCGUCUCUCAAUCACAGUGAGUGCAAAGGAUCACAGAGUGGAAGUGUCAUGGUACUAUUCCCAAUAUGAAGAAGGGGAUGUUAUAGUGGUGACGGACGAGGAUCCGGUUGGUAUUUUUCGCCAGAAGUAUCCCGAGACGCCUGUGGAGGAAAUGUAUAGAGAAGGAAGUGGACUAUUUGAGGGAGGAAGUGGUUCAGGAAAUGGAGAUGAAGUUGAACCAAGUCUCCUCAGUGUCCUUCCGCUCUAUGAUCCCUCAAGUAGCAAUUACGAUGAAAUUGUAACUAGAUCACGUAGAAGGGUUAAUGUUAACUGGCAGUAUGGACCCUUCUACAAGGAUGUCCUGGUUGAAUUGUACCCUCAGGACAAACAAGGAUGGCAAACAACAGACAUUGUAUUUGAUCGCAGCCUGCCCAAAAAAGUGACUAAAUAUACAUCUUGUUAUGGGUAUUGGGCGACCAUUCUGCGAAGUGAUGGAAGAUUUGUAAUGAAGCGGUGUUUCCGGGCAUAUCCCACGUGGAUGAAUGAUAUACGCGGGAAAAUUGAGAAUCUGCGUUUCAAGGAUCUCUUUAUUCCUGGAACUCACGAUUCAUCGUCGUACACGGAAAACUUCCUGCCUCACAAUGAAACCAUUGUGACAAAGUAUACCCUCACGCAGGAUGAUGAUAUCAGGACGCAGCUAAUGCAUGGGAUUCGAUAUCUGGAUAUCCGUGUGGGGUACUAUCGGGCUUCAAAGCCACAAUUCUGGGCCAAUCAUGGCAUUGCACAACAGCAUCCACUGCACGAGGUUCUGCAGCAAAUCAAGGACUUUGUUAAAGAAACAAAUGAGAUUGUAAUUGUGGACAUUCAGGAAUUCCCAGUAGGAUUCGGAAAGACCAAAGAUAUCCACAGACUUUUGGUGAAUUUCCUGCAUCAGGAACUCAGUGAUGUUCUCGUGGGAGCUGAUAUCUCAUGGAGGGCGUGCUUGAAACAAAUUUGGGCAACAAAACGAAAUGUUCUACUUGCCUACGACAAAGGAUCCAUAGUUUACGAAUUUGGGUCCCUACUCUUCGAAUCCGUGGAACAGAGGUGGCCCAAUAAGCAGAACCUCAACGGACUGAGGGAAUAUAUGGUGUGGAACCGAAAACAAAUGAUAGGGAGCUUUGGGAGUCGUCCAAUGGCUGAAAUGGCAGAACUUACCCCAACUGGUUGGGGUAUUUUUGUUGAUCUCUACGGAGGCUUGAGGCGGAUGGCAGAUCAGGUGAAUUUUGCAGUAUCCAGGUGGUAUGCAAGUGAUUUUGGGGCAGGAGCAAACGUUGUUGCAGUGGACUUCUACCGAGGUACAACGAUAAUAGAUACAGCGCUCCGUUGGAACAGCAUGAAGAGUGUUUCAUGAUUCAAAUUUCAAAAUAAACGAUUCACCCGAUUCACCUGA